ACUUGGUAAUUUCCUAAUAUUCCCAACUUUUCUUAACAAACAAAAUGAAAAAUAUUAUAUUACAAGUCUCUCUUUAUAAUUGUUGAUUUUUCAAAAGCAUAUUAAGAGUUUGAUCAUAACUUAGCUAAGAUCCAGAAUCAUUACUGAAUUAAGACGGAAAUCUCAAUUACCUUGAGCUCACCUCAUCUAGUAGAAAAUGGCCGAGCUUGCAUUUCCGUUGGCAGCCAAACUCAUUGAAAGGCUCAGCCCCAUUGCUUCUGAGGAGAUUUGCUUGGCGUGGGGCGUUAAAGCUGAUCUGCAAAAGCUUGGGCGCACCAUGUCCACCAUCAAAGACGUGCUCUUGGAUGCCGAAGAAAAGCAAGCACGUAACAAGGAGUUACGCAGUUGGCUACUACAACUUAAAGAUGCGUUCCUUGAUGCAGAGGAUCUGUUGGACGAGUUUGAAUGCGAAGCUUUGCGAAGGCAAGUGGUUCGUGGCAGUGGCACAACUAGAAAGGUACGCCGUUUCUUUUCCCGCUCUAAUCCAGUUGCGUUCCGCUUAGGAGUAUGUCAGGGAAUUAAGGACAUAAGAGAGAGGUUACAUGAGCUUAAAGAAGAUAAGAAUUUUGCUGAUCUUCGCACUGUUCAUCUCUGUGAUCAUGUGAGGGAGAAUAGUAAUACGACCCACUCCUUUGUCCGCGCUUCGGAGGUUAUUGGUAGAGAAACAGAAAAAAAUGAAGUUGUAGAUCUUCUGGUACAAGGCGAUGAUCAUCAAGGUAAUCGGAAUGUAUCUGUUAUUCCUAUAGUGGGAUUUGGAGGUUUAGGGAAGACCACACUUGCCAAGUUGGUGUACAAUGAUGAGAGAGUCGUUGGUUGUUUUAAUUUACGAAUGUGGCAGAAUGUGUCAGUAGACUUUGAUAUCACUAGAUUGGCAAAAGAGAUCCUUGGCUCUGCAUUAGGUACAAGGAUCAGUGAAGGGUUGUCUAUGGAUCAUUUGCAAGAACAGCUACGAGACGCUUUAAAGGAUAAGAAAUUUUUGCUUGUCUUGGAUGAUGUGUGGAACGAAGAUCGUAUCAAAUGGACCGAGUUGAGAGAUUUGUUGAUAGAGGGGGCCAAGGUAGGAACUAAGAUUUUGGUGACGACACGGAAUAUCCCAGUUGCUUCAAUCAUGGGCACGGUUGGAACAUACAUAAAUUUGGACGUUCUCUCUUUUGAGGAUAGUUUGUCUUUGUUUGUAAAGUGUGCAUUUGAAGGAGGACAAGAAAGACAACAUCCAAUCCUCUAUGAAAUGGGAAAAGAUAUUGUAAGAAAGUGCGGAGGGGUUCCCUUAGCUGUUAAAACCUUAGGGAGCCAACUUUACUCAAAGACUGAUGAGCGUCAGUGGAAAUUGAUUAAAGAUUCUGAAAUAUGGGAAUUAGAACGAGAGGGUGCUGGUCACAUUCUACCUGCUUUGAGAUUGAGCUAUAGUCAAUUGCCCUCUCAUUUGAAGCAGUGCCUUGCUUGCUGUUCAAUUCUUCCAAAGAAUUACACUGAUUUUGAUAGCAGGGAAUUAAUCAGUCAUUGGAUGGCGCAUGGAAUCCUUGAAUCUCGUGAUCAUGGAAAUAUGCAGUUGGAAGAUGUUGGUGAACUGUUUUUCAAAGAGUUAUGGGAGAGAUCUUUCUUUCAAAAUGUUAAAGAUUGCACUUUCUGCUAUACAUUUGAUAUGCAUGAUCUCAUCCAUGACCUUGUACAAUCAGUUGCACAAGGUGAGAGUUUUACAGUAGACUCUGAAGGCACCAUAGGCCUCUCUGAAAAUGUUAGACAUCUAACAUUUUUGGAAAUUGGCCAAAAUGUUUCAAGAAUCUUGCAAAAGUUGAACAAAGUGCGGACUAUAUCAGCAGUGAGUUGUAAAAAUAUUGAUGAAUCCUUCCUCCGCACUUGCAUUUCAAGGUUCAAAUAUCUACGGGUUCUUAGGUUAGUCAACGUAUCUUGGGAAUUGUUGCCGAGUUCCGUUGGUUCUUUGAAGCAUUUGAGAAGCCUGGACUUCACUGACAAUGGAGGAAUCACUGGACUACCCAAUUCAAUUUGUAAGUUGCAGAGCUUGCAAACUCUGCAUCUUGGUGGAUGUGUGAAUCUUGAAGAGUUGCCUAGAGACAUGAGCAAGUUGAUCAGCCUCAGAUACCUUGAAUUAACCACAAAACAAACAAGUUUUCCAGAGAAUGGAGUGGGAUGCUUGAAAUCACUUCGAUAUCUUUCUAUUUGGGAGUGUAGUAAUCUAACGUGUUUGCCGUGUGAUACUAGUUAUCUUGUAUCAUUACGCACUCUGAUCAUAGACAACUGUAAACAACUUGAUUUGGUGAUGGAAAACUAUCAAGUAAUUCCACUAAGGCUCCAAAAAUUGGGGAUUGUGGGAGUACCACGAAUGGUGGCAUUGCCUGAAUGGUUUCAAGGAGCCACAAACACCCUACAAGUCUUGGUUAUAUCAGAUUGUGAGAAUUUGGUGGCAUUACCUGGGUGGUUGACGAGUUUCACAUCGCUAAGAAGGCUUGUCCUCGGAUCAUGUCCCAAACUGUUGUCUUUGCCAGAGGAGAUGCAUCGCCUCACUGCCUUAACACAUCUUGUGAUAAUAGACUGUCCUGAUAUGUUGAGGAGAUGCCAACGUGACGCAGGAGAAGAAUGGCCAAAGAUUUCUCAUAUUCCAAUUGUUCAUUUUAUAUGAAUUUUUCGAGAGGCAAAUAGAAACAUAGCUGUAGUCUUCAAUGCCGCCCGCCUCUUAUUUGCUCUAUUUGAUAGUCUAAUAUUUUCUUGUUUCUGA